AUGGCUCUACCUACUCUUCAGACAAUCAGCGAGUGCGGGGAUUAUGCGAAAACUGUCGAGCCGUUCAUUCCGCAGCUCGUGGGACUUCCGUCCAACUUACUGAACAAUACCGACGGCCUCGCUCAACUCUAUGUUGAGACAAACCCCCUUGUUUCUGCAUUUGCAGCCUCAGUUGCUUUUAGCGUCGCCUUUUUCAUCGUCUCCGAGUUAAACAAAAACUACUCCCAGGUUGAUCGGUUGUGGAGUAUCCUACCCAACCUCUACGUUGUCCACCUCGCCUUGUGGGCACGGCUAGCCGGCCUCCCCCACUCCCGCAUUGACCUUAUUGCCGUAUUCACGUCACUUUGGAGCGCGCGCUUGACCUUCAACUAUUGGCGCAAGGGAGGUUACACCGUUGGCUCGGAGGACUAUCGAUGGGCCAUUGUUCAGAAAUAUCUCCCUCGACCCGUAUGGAUCAUAUUCAAUAUCACCUUCAUUUCUUUCAUUCAGAGUGUCCUUCUAUUCUCUUUCUCAUGCAUACCUGCGUAUGCCAUUCUGCUUUCCACCCAGUUCGAACCAUCUAUCACAACACCAGAUGUAUUGUACUUCGCUGCAGAGGUCUUGCUCGUCGUCAGUGAAUUCGUCAGUGACGGCCAGAUGUGGACGUAUCAAACCGCCAAACACAAGUACCUAAAGGAUGCCAAGGUACCCCAAGAGUUCAAUCGAGCUGAUCUUGAUCGUGGUUUUCUCACAUCGGGCUUGUUCGCAUACAGCAGGCACCCCAAUUUCUUUGCGGAGCAGAGCAUCUGGCUAGUUCUCUACCAGUGGAGCUGUUACGCAACCAACAACGUCUACAGCUGGACUGGAAUUGGGGCUGGCGCUCUGGUGUUACUUUUCCAAGGGUCAACUUGGCUCACGGAGGCCAUCACAACUGGAAAGUAUCCAGAAUAUAAAGAGUACCAGAAGCAGGUUGGCAUGUUCAUUCCUACUUCGCUUGGCGGCUACAAACCCCCCAAGAAUGUGGCCAAAAUCGCCCAAAAGGAAACCCAGAAACAAAAAUAA